AUGUCACAGCAAUUAAUUAAUGAAAAUAGUAAAUAUAUAUUAGACUUAUUUUCGGAACAGACAGUCGAUUCCCAGAGCCUUGAAUCCAUAUGUGCUCAAGUACAAAAGAGGUUUCCAAAAUCUGACCAUUUUAACUUGUGUCUUCUUCUAUCUUCGCUAAUUACUGGUGGUGAUUUAUCAUUACCAGGCCAAAGAGUAGUGGCACUAGCAUUAAUAUUUGAUAUUUAUAAAGUGGAUAAUCCAUUUAGUUCUCUGUUCUUACAUUUAUUGGAAGGAAAACCAGGGUUAUUGCCUUUGGCACCACAAGAGAGAAUUUUCAUUGCUCAAUUACAUGGAUUUAUUGCUGUUAACAUUAAAGAUGUAUUGAAAAAAUCUGCUAAACAAGUAAUGCUAACAGAAGUGUCAUCAAAAGACCUGGAGUUUGAUUAUUCUUCACUUCAAGGUUUGACAGCGGAGAGAUCAGGUGAUAUUAGUUCUGUUGCAAAAGCCACUGCACCUGCCUUAGUGCCACUUAGUGAUGGGAACUCACCAAACCGUAUAGCAAUGAAGGAGCUUCUAGAAGCUCUAAUGUCUAACGACUACCUUCCACUACACCGCACUCUCAAGCCGUCCGGUCCAAUCCCACCUCCGACUUUCCUAUUGGACCCCACAGAAAUUUCUUUUGCUGAUGAGGGUGUGUGGAAAAAUCUAGUCAACAGAGGUGCUUACGUGCCCAUGUACGAUACGGACUUUGAAGGACUCCUCGGUUUAAAACCGCCGGAGAAAGUCGAAAAGAAGAUUGUCCAGCCGAAAGAGACUAAGCCCAAAGUGGAAGAGAAAAAGGAGAAACCAGAAGAGAAGAAGGAAGAUAAGGAAGCCAACACAGUAGCAGAAGCGAAGGAGCUGACGCAGCUGGCGCUGAAGUCGGCGCUGAGCGUGCCGCAGCAGCAACGCCUGCUUGCGCUACUGGACCAGGAGCCCAACAUUGUGUAUGAUAUCGGGAUUACUCCCUAUCAGCUGCCAGACCUGGUGGAGAACAACCCGAUGGUGGCCAUAUCCGUGCUGUUGAAGCUGAUCCACUCGCAGCACAUCACCGACUACUUCUCCGUGCUCGUCAACAUGGAGAUGUCGCUGCAUUCUAUGGAGGUCGUAAAUAGAUUGACGACAUCAGUGGACUUGCCGGUGGAGUUCGUGCACCUCUACAUCAGCAACUGCAUCUCCACGUGCGAGACCAUUCGCGAUCGCUACAUGCAAAACCGCCUCGUGCGCCUCGUCUGUGUCUUCCUGCAGUCGCUUAUACGCAACAAGAUCAUCAACGUUAAGGAACUUUUCAUCGAAGUAGAAGCCUUUUGUGUAGAAUUCAGCAGAAUAAGAGAAGCGGCCGCGCUAUUUAGACUCCUCAAACAGUUGGACUCGGGCGAAAUGCACAAAGAGACCAAAGACAAC